UCACCGGGAGCGGGGCCGGGUACAGGAAGACGGGCACCGGGAGAGCAGCGUCACCGGGAGCGGGAGCGGCGGCAGCGGGACCGGGACCCUCAGCAGCACCGGCAGCGGGACCGGGACCCUCAGCGGCACCGGGAGCAGGAGCGGGACCCGGGAGCGGGACCCUCAGCAGCACCGGGAGCAGGAGCGGGACCCGGGAGCGGGACCCUCAGCAGCACCGGGAGCGGGACCGGGACCGGGACCCUCAGCAGCACCGGGAGCGGGAGCAGCGGGACCGCGACCCUCAGCGGCACCGGGAGCAGGAGCGGGACCCGGGAGCGGGAGCUCCGCACGGGAGGAGGGGUGGGGGCGGGAGGUGGUCGGCGGUGUCCGGUCGCUGCCCCGGGCCGCUCGGCCGCUGCCAGCCCAUCUAGACACCGGGUGGCACGGAGCGGCGGCGUUGCCAUGGAGACGGUCCGCCGGCCGGGCUGAGCGGGGAGCGGCGGCGCUCGGUGCGGGAGCCGAGGGGACAGGCGGCGACACAGAGCGGGGGAGCAGCUAAUCCCACACAACCUCACCACGUCCUGUGCGUCUCCGUCACUCACUGCACACUCUGCUAUUAAAAGUAUCCGCGUGCUGGCCUGCCUAUUUAUAAACCUCUGGGCUCGGGAACUGGCCCGUUUAAGUCAUGGAGCCGCCACAGUGUUUACUGGGCUGUCUGUGUGUACUGCUGCUCCAACACGGACUCUGCCAACCCUACCUGCACCUCCGGCCGGUACCCAGUGACAGCCUGCCCGUCCUCGACAUCAUCGAGCAACCGGACCCCGACAACGACCCCAAGGACAGCGACCUGGACGAGCGCGCCCUGCGGAAGCGGCUCGGCAGCCACUUCGACCCCAGCUUCAUGUCCAUCAGCCUGCCCGAGGGAGAACCGUCCGUGUCCCGGGAGCCCGGCCACAGGCUCAAGCCCCUGGGCGCGCUGCCCAACGACAUCAAGAGGCUAGAUCUGUCCGAGAGUCCGUACGGCAGGAGGGUGAAGCUGGGCAAGAAGGCGAGGCGGAGGCUGCAGCAGUGGCUGUGGUCCUACACCUACUGCCCGGUGAUGUACACUUGGAAGGAUCUCGGAGGUCGCUUCUGGCCGCGCUUUGUCAAGGAGGGGAACUGCUAUAACGAGAGGUCGUGUUCAUUCCCGGAAGGAAUGCUGUGUAAACCUGUCAAAUCCAUCAGCAAGACGUUCUUGAGAUGGUACUGUCAGGGAUGGUCCAAACCCCGGUACUGCACGUGGAUACCUGUACAAUACCCAGUCAUUUCCGAAUGCAAGUGUGCCUGCUGAAUGCGGGCGGGCGGACGGACCGGCUGACUCCACACAGAUGGUCUAUAGUAUAACAACGCCUAUAGUCAAAUCUAUUUUUAUAUAUCGCAUUCUAAAGAAGCCCCUGCUUUGUAUCUAUAUAACACAGAGAUUUAACGCUGCAGAAAAUCUUGGAUUAUUGGAGGGGGAGAGCGAACGGACCAUAAUUCAGCCCAGAUCAGAGAGACUGGCACCGCUUCAGGAGUUCCGAUGGUGCCAUGUGCCGAGAUAUUUUUUGUAAUAUAAUAAUUAUUAUAAAAAAAAGUUGAGGUGAAGAUAUUACAGAGUGAAUCUCAGCUUUCCAAUACAUAGAGUUAGAAGAGUAAAAACGUGUCAACUAUUUAUUUCUUUACCGUUUGUUGAUAAUUAACCUAGACGAUACCGUGGCAUUGGAGAUGUUUACUUGAAUAUACUUUCUAAACAAAACAUAUCAAUGUAAAUAUAAUGGUUCAUUGUUUUUAGCAAUAAAGUCUCAUCUUUGAAACAAAGGUUUUGGAAAUGUGAGAGGGUCCGAGGCAGAAUGGGUUCGCCGUUCGGUUCCCUCAGCCCGAUACAGACUCAUCGUCCCAAUAAUUUCAACGUCCCGAUCCCUUCACACCCGUUCCAUGGGAAAUACUGCGGUUCCUUCUCCCCGCACGGCCCGGCCUGUGCGCACAGGUGAGGCCGG